UCUUUCUUCUUCUGUGUGGUAACAUUUAACCGUGAUGUGACUCGAGUCAAAUAAAAGUCCUUUGGUCACAAAUAACAUUUUAUGGCUUCCCGACGCAAACAGACUUGUGUUAUGAUUUUAUGAGGGGGAAAAGUCCACUGCAGCCAUAAACCCAAGCAGAUAAUCUGAGCACGGAGACGGAAGAGGAUCAGUUCAGACGGGACGGGACGGGACGGAGACAUGGACGGGAAUCAGCCCCACUUCGUUCUGAGGACGUCGUCCUGCUUUAUACUUCUGAUUUUCCUCCAUACCUCGACCGCGCAAAUCUGUUCCGCCCCUUCAACGGCAAGCAUUGCAGAAAACAAUAAAGUGGGCGAUCUUGUGACGACGAUAACUCUCGACCCAGGGGUGACCGUUGAUUUAACCCCCGUUGAAAACCCCAACCACUCGUUCAGAAUCGUAGGAAAUAGGCUGGAAGCUGCAAAGGUGUUGGACUAUGAGGACAUAUCAGUUCACGUGGUGGGGAUCACCUGCACAAAACCAGACACAGGCGCCAAGCUGGAACUCCCCAUCGUUGUAACUGUGGAAAAUCUGAAUGAUAACCCUCCAGUCUUUGAGCAGAGCCAAUACCUCGUCACUUUAAAGGAGAUGUCUCCUAGUGGCACAACCGUGGGCCGAUAUGAUGCCACAGAUUUAGACGGUGGAUCGCUGUACUACACACUGAUGCCUUUAUCUAGCGGCUUUGCUCUGAAGUCGUCUACAAACCCGGAUCUCCUCGUUGUGACGCCCGUCGACUUUGACAAAGUUAAAAGUGUAAAACUGAUAUUAUCCGUUCAGGACACACCAUUGAAACCAGCCAAUAGCAGGGCCUCAUCCACCACCACCAUCACUGUCUCCAUCGAGGACGUGGACAACCGGCCGCCGUGGUUCCAGCCCUGCACGAGGCACGAGGUCGGGGGGAUGGCGGUGUGCCAGAGCAACGGCUACAACGGCAAGGUGGUGUUGAACGAACAAGAGGCCGGAGCGUUGGCAUUGACACCAGGACCGCUGUACGCCAUCGACGGAGAUUUAGGUUUGAACGAGGAGAUCGUCUACUCGUUGCUGGAAGGGGAUAGUGGCGGGCUGUUUCAGAUCAACCCGAGCACGGGGAACAUCAGCAUGCUGAAGCCGGCCGACGUGCUGGGGACCAUCAGGCUGACCGUCCUGGCCCGUCAGAUGACCAACGCGUAUCAGUCCUCCUCCACCUCCGUCACCAUCAGUGUCCACGUGAAGAGCCUCCACCCUCCACAGUUCCAGAGGCCCGAGUACCGAGGCGUUGUGUCCGCGGUCGGCAUGAUGGCGAUGGACCCGGAUAACAAGGACCAGCCGCUGCGGAUCAUCGCCACGGACGACGACUACGCAGCCACCGGGGGUAGAAAUCCCCACAUCACUUACAGCGUUAAAGGCAACAGUGAUUUCUCCAUCAUCGACGGAUACUUAUUCAUGACAAAGGAUCUCCCCAUUGCCACCUUAUCUCUGCAGGUGGUGGCGCUGGACUCGACUAACGAUGAAUCAGUCACAGCUCAGCUCUCAGUGGAGGUGAAGACAGGUCUCACCACCACCAGUCUGCCUGAGAGCACCACCGACAGUCUGACCACGCCCCUACACGAGACCACGCCCCCACACGAGACCACGCCCACCGAAGAAGCCCCCUCCACUCCGAACCCCACCACCACGAACACCGACAGCAGCCUCUCAACCGCGAUCCCCGCAACCACGAACCUCCCCACCGAAAGCACCGCCCACCCCCCCACAGUGAUCGUGCCGGCGGGGGGGUUCAGCUCGGUGGCCAUGGCGGCGCUCGGCGCUUCGCUCGGCGUCCUGCUGUUCAUCUGUCUGGUGGUCAUCGUGGUUCUCGCUGUGCGCGUCCGGAAGGGGAAAGCGGACUCGAGAAAGAUCUACGAAGCCAGCCUCUUCCAGAGCUCGCUGGGGAAAGGCGGUCAGAAGGAGGGCAUCCAGUACACCAACGACGCCUUCCAGAACGACGAAGAUGGGGGCAGUACCGGCUCGGGCGGGGAUGGUGCUUCGGCGGUUAAAAGUUCUCCACAUUAUAAGGAAAUCCUGAAGCCUUCGUUGGCGCUUCCCGCCGUCUUGCGAGACGACACCAGCGAGGCGGGAUCGGAUAAGACCGACAACGAGAAGGAGGUGAAACCCAUCCUGACCAAAGAGAGGCGCCUGGACGACGGGUACAAGUCGGUGUGGUUCAAGGAGGACAUCGACCCUGACGCCAAGGUGGAGGUGGUCAUCAUCCCCGACAGCAGAGAGGACGACAGCGAGGAGGAGGAGGACGAAGAUGACAGCCUGAAAAAGAAAACCCAGAGGGUGAUGUUCAACGAUGCAGAUCUGGACAGCGGGCUCGGGGUGAAGAUUGAGGAUCCAGGGGAAGAUUCAGAGGAUGACGAAGAGUUGACCGUUGGUCUGUGAGAGGACAUCACGCAGCAGCAAACACCCAUUAUAAAUGUGAUUAGGGUUUAUCAGCAGCCUUAUCAAUCCAUUACCUGGCAACCAUGACACAGAACCACGACUCAAACUAAACUAUUGGAUUUAAGAACAAGUUUAUUAAUCAGACCUGAGAGGUUUAGAUUUAAGGUACAUUUGAAGUUUUACAGAUUUUUAUGAAUAUGUGAUGUGUCAUAAUUAGUGUGUUAGCUUAUUAAGGAUAUUAUAUUCAGAUAAGAAGGUUAGUUCUUCUAAACUGUAAAAAAAACACACAGAAAACGACUUAUAUGUUAUGGUUAAACACUUAAAACACGAGAGAAACUCAGGACUACUGGAUGAAUCUGAAUAUUGGAAAGAUUUAAGGCAAAUAUAAACACUUACAGGUUGAUUGUACAUGUCUAAGGGGCGGGACAUCUCUAGUGGUUGGCCAAUCAAACAGCAGAGCAGGCCAGCUAACCAAUCAGAGCAGACUGGGCUCUGCAGCAUAGAGAGUAUGAGAAAAAUAAACAGCUUUUUGACCCUUAAAGCAUGGAGACAUGUCCCAGUAGAGACACUACAUAUGAACCUGUAAGUUAGCAGAACAGGGCCCAUCACCAUCACAGAUCUUUAUAAUGUUGAAAGCACACACGGUAGUUUUCCUUAACUGAAAAACCCAUGAAUUAUUAGUUAUAUUUUAUGGUAAAGCACUUUAAACUAAAGCAACUCAUGUUUAUCAUUUCUUGAAAAUCGUUCCUGCUCCUGCUCAAUCAACUUUUAUAUAUUAUAUUCUUGAGCUUUGUGUUCUUUGUUUGUGUGUUUAUGGCUUGUGUUAAAAAUCUUUACUUUGUGAAACACAAAACAUGUCAUUUGCAUCUGUAUAACUGAAAGAGAAUAAACACAAUAAUAUUAAUACAAAUCAAA